CUUUUCCUUAAAUACCGCUAUUUUGUCAAGGUAUAUAUCGAUAAUAUCAUUAUCUUUAGCAAAACAGAGAAGGAAUACCUAAAAUACCUAUAUAUCAUUUACAAAAUCCUUGACAAGGCCUAUAUCUAUAUUAAUACUACCAAAUCCUUUAUAGGUUACCUAGCUAUAAAACUCCUUAGGUAUAUUAUAAAUGGCAAAGGUAUUACCAAAACCGACGACUAUAUUACCACCUUUAAGAAGCUAAAGUUUCCAGAUACCCUCGAUAGCUUAGAGCACUAUCUUAGAAUAGCCGGAUAG